CUGCUUCGCCCAUAACGUCGUCGCCAUGGCAGAAGCCAACAUCUCCGUCGCUCCGAACCACUUCAUCUGUCCUGUUUGCAUGGAGAUCCUGAAGGACCCCGUCACCGUACCGUGUGGACACAACUACUGUAUGAAGUGCAUCAUCUCCUGCUGGAAUCAGCAGGAGGAGGACGGGCUGAGCUGCAGCUGUCCGCAGUGCAGACGGACCUUCACCCCAAAACCAGAGGUGGGCAGAAAUCUCAUCCUCGCCGAAAUGGUGGCGAAAAUUCGCACGACCGACACGGCGGCUGCCUCUCCUCCCGAGGAGGACAAACUGGGACUCGAAGAAGUCGCCUGCACGGUGUGCGUCGGAAAUAAACGCAAAGCGGACAAGUCGUGUCUGGAGUGUCUGUCUUCCUACUGCGAGACUCACUUCAUCGGACACGAGCAACUCCACACAGGGAAGCGACACAAGGUGGUGGAGCCGGUAGCACAGCUGGAGAGACGGGUCUGCUCCGACCACGACAAACCACUGGAGGUCUGGUGUCAGCAGGACCAGGGUUGCAUCUGCCCGCUUUGUCUCGCAGAGGGCCACAAGGGCCAUGACGUCAUCACGGCGGCGCAAGCGAAGGUCAAGAAAAAGAGUGAGUUGAGCUCAUGCUUCAAGGAGGAGCUGGAUCAGAGGGAGAAGCAGCUGGUCUUACUGCAGGAAGUGCCUGAACCUCUCAAGCAUUCGGCAAGAAAAGUGGUGGAUGCUAGUGAGAAGAUGUUCACUGAACUGAUGUCCUUGGUGGAGAAAAGACGCUGUGAGAUAACCAAGCUGAUCUCGGCUCAAGCACAAGAUCAGCUGAGACAGGUCAGGGAACUCGAGAGCGGCUGUAGGCAGAGGAUUGUUGAGUUGAAGCGGAGAGACGCCGAGCUCAACCAGCUGUCUCAAACAGAUGACGACAUUCAUUUCCUGCUGAAUAUGCCAUCACAGAGUUCUCGAGGUUUCCACAUGUUCAACAUUGUACCGCACGCUAAAUUUGGGGCUGUGGAGACCUUUAUCUCAAAUCUCAGUGAGCGUGUGACCGACAUUCUCAAUAAGGAAUUUGAUGCUGUAGAAACACAUGAUUACUGUCAGCUCAAACUGGAUAUUUUCACAGCUUUCCGGCAUCACAAAAUGAAUGAUGAUCGCACCUCGAUUGAAUGGUCUCACAGUGUUGUGAGUAGAAACAACUACAAUGAUAAUUCCAGACAGGUGCUGUGUACCCAAGUUGGAGUUUAUCUUGAUCAUGAUGCAGGGGUUCUGGCCUUCCUUGGUGUCAUCAACAAAAACACAACCCUCAUUCACAAAGUCCAGACUACAUUCACUCAGCCCCUCUACCCAGGAUUUUAUGUUACAUCGAGUACAACGCUGAAGAUACAUUAA